GAGAGUUUUCCAUAUUGCAGCGACCACAGGAUGAGCCGCCACUCCAAGAACUCGACGGCAACGCACCACUUUACGUACCGCGAGAAGCAGGCCGCGGGCCAUGGCACGCUCAAGCGCCGCUUCGGGAAGGACGCGCAGCUCGCGUUCGGCAGCUGCUGCCUCUGCCUCAAGCCGAUCCUGGACAAGAUGGAGCCGCUCGCGAGUCCUUGCGGCUUCCUCUUCUGCAAGGGCUGCAUUUACGCCAACCUUCUGGCACAAAAGAAACAGAUCAAGCUCAACGUGGAGGCCUUCAAGGCGCAGGAAGAAGGUCGCGCGGCGAAAGACGAGGCGACCAAGCACGAGGCCGAGCGCACGCAGCUCGAAGCUAAAAUGAGCGGCACGACCGCCGUGCCCUUCAAGAAGAGCGCUGCAGAGCGCGCUGCGUUGCAGAUCAUGUCGAAAGUCGACCUCGAGACACUCGAAGAAAAGAGCCAUGAGCUCAAGCGCACGUCGUUCUGGGUGCCGGGCUUCACGCCAACGGCCGAAGUGACGAUGGACAAACCCGACGAGCUCACGCGGGACCCGAUGAGCAACAAGCCGCUGAAGCUCAAGCACCUCAUGCCCGUGCAGCUCAAGCGCUCCGAGAACGAAACCAAGGGCGAAAGCGUCGUUCUCUGUGCCGUCAGCAACAAGGCGAUCACGCAUCAAAUGGCCGUGCUCCUUCGACCGUCGGGCCAAGUGAUCAUGGAGUCGUGCCUCAAAGAGAUGGUGACGCCAUCGAUGACAUGCCCCAUCACGGGCCUCAAGCUCCGAACCAAAGACAUUGUACAUCUCCAGGCCGGUGGCACGAGCUACAGCGCUCACAGCCAAGUCGAAGCCAAAAAGUACCGACCGAGCAUGACUUAAUAAGAAACUCUCUUCUUGUUUUUCGAUACGA